GCAUCACAUCCAUCUUCUCUUCUACCACUUCUUAAACCCUUUUCUUUCUUUCUUCAAUACAACAAACAAUACAGAAACACAUCAACAUCAACUUUGUAACUUCAAUUAAUUGUGUUAACUUUCUUAAUAAUUAUCUAAAUUUCUAUUCAUUCUUCUACAACACAAAGGUACGUGCAGAAAUCUCAUCCAAAUCCCCUCCUCUACCAUUUUAUGAUGAGACACAAGCUGGCACCAGUCUGAGUCGAUUUGUACUCAUAUCUUUGAAGACAAUGCUAUGGCUUUCGAGCCUCCUUCUGAACAAUUAAACCUUUCUACACUUUGAAAUUUUGUCACGUUCAUUUCUAUGCAUGUUACUAACAUUCAAUUUGACAGAUUUCCAACUUCUUAAAACUUCAAUCAAUAUGGUUCUUCACAAUCCAAACAAUUGGCAUUGGGUUAACAAAGAUGCUUCUACAUGGGCAAAACAAUGGGUGGAGGAUAAUAUAAAGGAAAUCAAGGCUGAGGAGGAUGGUGUUACUGCUCAAUUGGAUAAAUUGAUCAGUAUGGAUGGAGAUGUUGAUGUAAAUCAACGAAAGGGAAAGGUUAUUACCAUAUUUGAUGUCAAGCUCGUUAUUGAGUAUUCAGGUAUGCCCUGUAGUUAUAGUCAAUAUUAUGAAUUUAUGUCUAAUUGGACUAGGCAAAACCAAAGAUGAUGAAUCCGUUAGUGGUACCAUCACAGUUCCUGAAGUUGCUCAUGAUACCGAAGAAAAUGAAUAUGUUGUAUGUUUUGUUCAUUCCAUAAAUGAAUACUUGAGUGAAAUAUCUAAUAUGAGUUUUAGUUCGACAUUGAUAUCUACUCCGAUGCCAACUCCAAAGCACCUGUUAAGGAUCUUGUUCGUGCAAAAAUCGUUCCUCAACUUCGCAAACAAUUCGCACAGUUAGGACCUGCCCUCAUUUCGGAACAUGGAAAGGAUAUUCAACAUGCACCAGAUGCAAAUCCAUCAUCCAAGAUUACAGCCGCAAAGACAUAUCCUCACAAUGCUUCAAUUCAAUCUACAAGCACAAGCACCACCACCAACAAAGGUUCAUCUUUAGUUAAUACCGUUACCGUCACCGAUAAUGAAGAAUUUAGAGCUCCAGCUUCAGAACUUUAUCAAACAUUUACCGAUCCAGCUCGAAUUUCCGCAUUUACACGGGCCGCACCAAAAUUAUUUGAAGGUGCAAAGAAAGGAGGAAAAUUUGAACUUUUCGGAGGAAAUGUUUCUGGUGAAUACCUUGAAUUGGUCGAACCAACAAAAAUUGUACAAAGUUGGAGACUUGAUCAAUGGCCAGCAGGACAUUUUUCAAGAUUGGAAAUUAACUUUGAUCAAAAUGAUGUUGAUAAUGUUACGGUUAUGAGAGUUUCUUGGUCUGGUGUUCCGGUUGGUCAGGAGGAAGUUACUAAGAGAAAUUGGAGUGAAUAUUAUGUUAGGAGUAUUAAACAGACUUUUGGGUAAGUUUUGAUUUUCUUGUUGGGUUCUUGUGGUUGGAUAUAUGCUAAUGAUGAUAUAAUAGCUUUGGUACAAUACUUUAGAUGGAGUGAUGGAUAGAAUGGAGAAGCGAGGAGGUUGAAUAAGGGUAACAAAAGUAACGACUUUGCGCCUUAAGCAUGAAUGGAUGGAUGAAUGAUUUGAUUGAUUGAUUGAUUGAUUACAAGCGAAUUAAGAGGAAAUGAAUACCUAGAUAAAUGCAGAAAUGGCGUCAAUUUUUUAUAUAUUUUUU